UUGUGCAAAAUCUAAAAUAUGAACAAAAUUUCAACAAAAUAUUUGCAAACUAUUCGGGCAACAAAAAAAAACUACAAUGUAUUUCCUAAAAUUUGCUUAAAUAUUCCAACAAUUGAAUACUCCAACACUAACACAAUUUACUAUAUCCUUCUCCUACACAUACCACUCUUAUACAUUUUUACAAUUCUAUUUGUACAUAAACAAAAUUAAUUCAAUUAAAAUGUUCAUGGCAAAAAAAAACUAACAUUUCCGCAUAUUGUACUCUGUACUAUGCUCGCCCUCUCUAUUUCUCUCGCUCUUUUUCUAUUCUUGCUCUCGGUUGCUCUAACGUUUGUUUUUAAUUUAAUUUUGUAUUUGAAACACACGUACUACUAUAACCAACUUACAUACAUGUUAACUCUUACAACAAUUUGUGUUUUUUUAUCUCUUUUCUAUAUAUUUUUGUUGUUGUUUCUUGUUUUUGUUUUGGUACUUGUAUCUACAACCAUUUUAUUUACAUCUGUGUUGUUUUUGCCAUAACUAUUCUGCAACAACAUGUAUGUUUGUGUGCGUGUUUGUUAACGCUUUAAUUCAAAUUAAAAAAUCUUGUCUUUACUCAAAAUCGGCAAAACAUUAUAAAAAAAUUCGAAAAUCUUCCUAUGUAUAUGUAUGUGUAUAUAUGCGCACUACUACAUACUUAAUAAUGGUUAUCUUUGUUUUUGUCUGUCUGUCUGUCUGUCUGCUUGCCUGUCUUUUUGUUUUGUUGUUGUUUUCUUUAUUUAAUUUUUAAAAACAAACAAAAAACUAUGAUUUGUGCAUUUGAUGUGUUUGUUGAAUGUUUAGAGCUACUUUGGGUCAAGGCAUACGUUCCGGUUGUGGUAUUGUACCCAUAACUGGUCCCGGCGGUUUACAACACUAUGGCACAGCCGAUAGACGUUCCAGUGGCAGUUUAAGGAUAUCGGCAUGGAAAGGAUCACAGAGCUCUCUCUCAAAAGCCUUCCGUUUUAACGCAAAAUCAUCCCGCAGCGGUAGCUCAAUUGGCGACCGCACCUCUGUUGGGAACUCCACCUCCCCAACACCAUCGUUUAGUAGCUCAGAAGGCGGCGGAGGAAUUUACGCCACUAUAGGCGGUUCACAUCAUUUUACCCACCAUUUUCCCCCACCUACAACAGCACCACCUCCACCACCCACCCAACAUUCGCACUAUCAACAGCAGCACUACUAUCAACAACAACAGCAGCAGCUGCAACAUCAGCAACAACAAAAUUCGACUACUGCAGCAACAGCUGCUCAUCGUGUAAGUGCUCCACCCUCAGGUAGUGGUAUUGAAGCCAUAUCAGAUCCAAAUCUACUCUAUGAACAACAUCGACGUGUCAAAAGCAUAAAUGAUAUCGGAGCAACAGCAGCAUCUGCUUAUGGUUCAACUUCAGCUUUAGCACGAGAUCGUUUAAGUAGUGGCCUAAACAGUGGUGCGGACUCGGCUAGUAUAUGUAGUGGUCUUAGUGGUACUGGUGCUAUAAUACAUGAAAAUAAUCAUGGUGCCUCGACAGCAUCGUCUAACUCACCCGUAUGAGAAUCAAUUAUAAUGUAAGUUCUCCAUUUAAAACGAGACUUGCAUUUUGCACUAAAAUUUAAUGAAAAGCGAGUGAAUUAAAAUAAAUCUAUAAACCGAAUACUUUACAUAAAAUAAAAUUAAAUUGAAAAUGUAGGUUAAAUUAAUUUUGUUUUUGUUUUUUUCUCAAUUUUAUUUAAUUUUCCAUACAAUUUAAUUUAAUUAUAAUGGCAAACACAAACUAUUCAUUAGUUUAAUUAAGUUACAUGUAGUUAGUUUUUACACAAUUACAAAAUAAUAAUUAUUAAAAGAACCUUUAAUUAAAGAAAUUAAUAUAAAACUGCACUUGCAAAUAAUUAUGCAAAUAUUUUGUGUUUUUUUUUUUUUUUUUUUUGAAAUUGUUUUUAACAAAUUGCAUAUGCAAACUUGCAAUAGUUUUAAAACUCUCUAUGGUGGCAUCAUCAUUAUUUAUUUACCAAUUAUAAUUCCAACAAGAGAAAACGAGUUAUUUUGCGUAUAAAUGUUUCAAAUGAAUUCCAUAAAUACUUGCAAUUUAUUGUCGUUCCACUUUUUCACUCUCAAUUAUUGAGAGUUUGGUUAAACACAAGUUCAUUGUUGCGUUUAUUUCAGCAUUAAAUGCCUCAAAUGCCUAAAUAGUUAAUAAUUAGUGUCGUUGUUAUUGCAUUGCAUCUGAUGAUAUUGGUUUUUCAAAAAUAUUUCCAUAGACUUGUGGCAAGUGGGUUUUUGAAAAUAACAAUAAAAUGAAUAACUAAUUUUGUGGCAAAUAAUUAUUGGUAGGAAGAUUUAUACUUAUAUGCAUGUAUGUAUGCAUGGCAGUGGUAUGAAAGAGUGGUUUUGAUUAAAAUUGCAUAGUAAAAUAUUGCUUUAUAUUUUAUUUUAUAUGCAGGACUAUAUGCCCUUUUUAGUAUGUCUAUUAUCCUGCCAAAGUAUUAAACAGAGAUAAGGUUAUAGUCCUAAAUAUAUUUCAGUCUAUAGUUCAGCCCACAGAUCAGUCUAUAGUCCUGACUAGAGAUCAGAGAGUCCUUACUUUUGAUCAGUCUACAGGCUUACUAUAGACCAGUCUAUAGUCCUGACUAUAGAUCGGUCCAUAGUCCUGACUAUAGAUCAGGCCAUAGUCCUGACUAUAGAUCAGUCGAUAGUCCUGACAAUAGUCCUGAAUAUAGAUCAGUCUAUAGUCCUGACUAUAAAUCAGUCUAUAAUCCUGACUAUAAAUCAGUCUAUAGUCCUGACUAUAAAUCAGUCCAUAUUUCUGACUAUAGAUCAUUCUACAGCCAGACUAUAGCUCUAUAAUCCUGACUUUAGAUCAGUCUAUAGUCCUAACUAUAGAUCAGCCUAUAGUCCUGAUUAUAGAUCAUUGUAUACACCUGACUUUAGAUCAGCAUGUAGUCCUGACUUUAGGUCUGUAUGUAUUCCUGACUAUGGAUCAGUCUACAAUCUUGGCUAUAGAUCAGUCUAUAGUCCUGAGUAUAGAUUAGUCUCUAGUCCUGACUAUAGAUCAGUCUGUAGUCCUGACUAUAG